AUGUCCACCGACCACCACAUCGCCCUCCUUGGCCUCGGCACAAUCGGGCUCUCCAUGCUAGCCCUGCACCUCCGCCGCCGCGACACAAAAGUAACUGUCUACGACCCGCGCCCAGACUACGAGAAGCAACUGCGCUCUAUGCUACCAGGUUUCCUGGACGCAGGCUUCGUGUCCCCAACCGCCGAGCAACCGAUCCCGAAAACCGAAAUAGUCGACCAUUUACUCAAGAACAACCGACUAUUCCUCGCCUCGUCCAUCGCCGAGGCAGUACAACAUGCAACCAUCAUCCAAGAACAGAGCCCCGAAGUGACAGCAUCCAAACAAGCCGUGUGGCAAGAAGUCACCAAAACCGCAGCCCCGACCGCCCAUCUGUGGAGUAGUUCUUCGGGCGUGGGCGCAUCGACGCAGGCGGCAGGGAAUAAUACAGACACCAGCGUCGCCGCACGCCUCCUCGUCGCGCACCCGUUCAACCCGCCGCACCUGAUGCCGAUCAUCGAGCUCGUCCCGGGCGAGCAAACCGAUCCGGACCGUGUGGACUUCGCGCGCGAGUAUUUCUGCGCCGUGCCGGGGCCAACACUACCGGCCUCAACGGCGGCCGGCGUCGCGGCCGUAGCGUCCGCCUCGGCAGCGCAGGCAAGCAGCGAGCCCCAGGCAUCGCUGUACUACCGCCCGAUCACGCUGCAGCGCGAGAUCCCCGGGUUCGUGGGCAACCGGCUAGCGUUUGCGCUGCUGCGCGAGGCGUGCUAUCUAGUCAAUGAGGGCGUCGUGUCGGCGCGGGAUCUCGAUGCUAUUGUCACGGCCAGUAUUGGGCCGCGGUGGGCUGUUAGCGGCGUGUUCGAGAGCUAUCAUGCCGGCGGCGGCGCGGGCGGCAUUAAUGCGUUCUUACAGAAGCUGGCGCCGACCAUCGAUGAGACGUGGCGGGGGCUGGGCCAGCUUGAGAUGAGCAAGCCGGGGGAUCCUACGGAACCCUUGCAACGGCCUUGGCGCAAUACCGUUGUGCGCCAGACGGAGGAGGCCUAUGGCCCGUAUACGGCGCAGACGAAGCAGAAGAAAGAUGAGAUGUUGAGGACGACGAUUGAGAUGCAGACUAAGUGCUGGGGGGAAUUGGAAUCCUAG